AAGCAAACAAAAGAAGUAAAGUGACAUAAAAAAGUAAGAAAUGUCAAUCAAAGGUGCUGGAACCAACCCAAGGUUUGGAAACAAAAGUCUAAAAGUUAAAGCUUGACAAAAAGAAAAAGAAGUAGCAGCAGUAGCACUAGCAGCUCACGAAGAAGAUGAUAUGCAGUUAACGAAGAAACAGGUGGUUGACCAAGAGGACACAGUAAAGGCCAACCAAGAAGAAACAACCAUGGUCGACGAAUAAGACACAGCAGUGAUAGACGAGAGAGAAUACAAUGAGUCAGCGAGGAUUCUGUACCAUUUUCAUCGGUAAUGGGCACAUACACAUUAUCCAUGGAUUAUAAGUAUAAGCAAAUUUACAGAGGGAGGGAGAGAUUGAUACAAUUAUACAAUGGGUAAGAAAAAAGAAAAAAAGAUACAGCACUACUCCAGCUCUCAGAAAAUAUUGUUGGUUGGUGAAGGAAACUUUUCAUUUUCUGCAUGUUUAGCUAAAGCAUUUGGCUCUGCCAGAAACAUGGUUGCAACUUGUCUUCAUUCUAAAGAUGCUUUAAGGAGAAAGCAUCAGAGCUCUGGACCGCAUUUGGCGGAAUUGAAUAGAAGAGGGUGUUUGGUGCUGUAUGAAAUUAAUGUAUAUGACAUGAACCAAAAUCCCAGCUUAAUGUCCAAGAAAUUUGAUGUGAUCAUCUUCAACUUUCCUCAUGCAGGCCAUUGUGGGCUAAAUGAAACAGACUAUUUGCUUAUAGAAAUGCACAGAAAUCUGUUACAAGCAUUUUUCAACAGCGCCCGUCAUAUGCUAACCAGAGGUGGGGAAGUGCAUGUUGCGCACAGAGAUGAUUGUCCAUAUAAUAGGUGGAAGAUCGAGGAGCUUGCAGAGAGAGCAGAUCUAUAUUUGAAAGAGAAGGUGGAUUUUAAUGCGGUUGACUACCCGGGCUACAUCAAUAAGAGAGGUGGUGCCGUUCGUUGCGACGGAAAAUUCCCUCUCAAGAGCUGCUUCACAUUCAAGUUCUGUCUCAAGGAAAAUACUUCUCAAAUGCCUGAUAACUUGCUGGAAAAAAAAUUUAAGGGCAUGACACUUGGGAAUGUUGUGAUUUCGGGUUUGUAGUUGGGUUUGUCUCUAACAUUAUUCAACGACAAUCAAAUAAUUGCCUGUCAUUGAUGAUGUGAGGAUUUCAAAGGAUUUGACACUUGCUAGUUGUUAUAAGGUGUCCAACAUAAUG